CACAGGCGUAUGCAGAGACCCAGAAACACGUCUUCUCUCCAAGAGGGAGGAUACUCCCUCUGCCCAUGUCAGGGUUUCUGAUUGGGAGGGGAGAAUUAAACCGAACUAGAUCUGAGAGGAUUAUCAGAAAACAUGUCUGAGCCUGCUGCAGAGGACAAUGGUAAGCCGACCAGCCAUUCCUGCAUUCCAGGAAUAAAGGCCCCAAAGGACCCCUGUUGCUCCAGUCUAAAGAUUUUUAUUGUGGCCCUUUCCUUCGCCUACUUUUCCAAAACUCUGUCUGGGACCUACAUGAAAAGCGCCAUCACUCAGAUUGAGAGGAGAUUUGACCUUUCCAGCUCCGUUGUGGGCCUCAUUGAUGGAAGUUUUGAGAUGGGUAACCUGCUCUUUCUGGCAGUGGUUAGUCAUUUUGGGGCAAGACUACACAGGCCGCGACUCAUAGGGAUGGGUUGCUUCCUCAUGGCCAUUGGCUCAGCUCUCACUGGACUACCACACUUUUUCAUGAGGCAGUACGAGUAUGACACAGUAAUGCAAGGCUUUCUAAAUAAGACUGUCAGUAUAUCUCCUUGUCAGUAUCCCAUGGUUCCAAACAAUUACUCAAAUGCACACAUUCAGUCGUCUAACAACACUGGAACAGAUUAUGUGAAGGACACUGGAUCUAGUAUGUGGAUCUAUGUGUUCUUGGGUAACGCUCUCAGAGGAAUUGGAGAGACACCAGUCACACCGCUUGGCAUAUCUUAUAUUGAUGACUUUGCAAAAGCAGAAAACUCAGCGUUUUACAUUGCGUGUCUUCAGACCAUUAUGCUGCUGGGUCCCAUGUUUGGAUUCCUACUAGGCUCCAUGUGUGCCAAACUGUAUGUGGAUAUUGGAUUUGUCAGUGUUGAUAGUGUGACCAUCACUACACAGGAUGCACGCUGGGUGGGCGCUUGGUGGCUGGGAUUCUUUGUGUCAUCUGCCAUCUUAGUACUUGCUGGUGUUCCUUUUUGGUUCCUGCCCAGAUCUUUACCCAUACAAGGAGAGGAAUGGAAUGAAAACUUUAAUGUGGAUCAGGGCAACAAGGAGCAAUCUGUCCUCCCAAACACACACUCAGUGAAACUGGCCAACAUUUCAAAAGGAUUCCUGCCUUCCCUAAAAAGACUCCUGUGCACUCCUGCAUACUUCCUGUUGCUGUGUGGGAUUGUUUUGAAGUUCAACUCUUUCAUCGGCUUGCUCACCUUCAAAGCCAAAUACAUGGAGCAACAGUUUGGCCAGUCUGCAUCAAGAGCAAACUUCCUUACCGGUGUCCUGAUCCUGCCUGUGGUUGCUGUGGGAAUAUUCCUGGGUGGUUUGUUAAUGAAAAUAUACAAGUUGAGUGUCGUGGCAGGGGCUCAGCUCUCCUUCAUCACCUCCCUCACAGCCUACCUUCUGUGUGACAAUGUGCCUGUGGCAGGGCUUACUGUGUCCUACAAUGGGACCCCUGAAAUAUCACAUGAUGAGCACUCACUCAUGUCUCAGUGUAACCAGGACUGUUCCUGCUCUACAUCUGAAUGGGAUCCUGUGUGCUCUGACAGUGGCAUUACAUACGUGUCGUCCUGUUUGGCUGGAUGCACCUCCUCCACUGGACAAGGCAAAAACACGGUUUUUCACAACUGCAGCUGUGUCUUAACCCCCUCACCAGUAGAGGGCAGCAGAUCUGUGUCUCUAGGCCAGUGUCCUCGUGGGCCAGGAUGUACUCGGAGUUUCACCUCCUACAUGGCGGUAUCUGUCCUCAGCUCCUUCAUCAACUCGCUGGGCACUACACCUGGAUACAUGAUCACUAUACGAUGCAUUACACCUGAGCUUAAGUCGCUGGCGUUGGGUAUUCAAACUCUUGUGAUGCGAACACUAGGUGGUAUUCCUGCUCCUGUAUAUUUUGGAGCUCUCAUUGACUCAACGUGUUUAAAAUGGGGAGUAAAGGGCUGCGGGCACAGAGGAGCCUGUCGUAUGUACGACUCAAAUAUGUACAGAGUGAUCUUCUUGAGCCUGACCACAUGUUUAAGUGGAUGUUCCUAUUUAUUCAUCAUUGCUGUUAUUGUGCUUCUGCGGAAGCAGUUUAGAAAAGAAGAAGUCAAAGCAUUACAGCAAACAGCCAGCAAGCAAAAUUAAACCGAACUUCAGUCUCCAGAGAUGUGCCAUCCUGACUGAUCCAAAACUGAUACUGUUCCCAGAGAAAAAACAGCAAGCACCAAUACUGAAUGUUAGCGAUGAGCUAUCAUCUUUUGUAGCUCUUUCAGGGAAUUUAGGAGACAGUGCUGAUACAUUAAUGCGUGAAGAACUACUAAUAAAAUCAAUGACCAGGACAGCAGACCAUAAGAAAACCAAUGCAAGUCAUAACACUCUUUAUGCUCUACUGUACUAUGUGUUUCAUGAUCCAGAGCUUGUAUCUCUUAA